CUGCCCAAGCCAUUGGCCUCGGAGUCUGCACCGGCUAUGGGAAUACUGCUGCGGAGCCUGUCCGGGGGAGGCCGGGUGGGAGCUGUGCUCUGCUACCGGGCCAGUUCCCGCGGGCCGAGAGGGCCCCACUGCCCCCGCUGGGUUGCGGGAGGCCAGCCAGCCCUUGGAAGAGUCACGGUCAGCGCGCUCCCUGAGAGCUUUCUUCAGGGCUCACAACAGUUCUCCAGCUGGGGCAGCUGCCAGAGUCUUCCCCGAGGAAGACACAGUGUUCUUCACAGACACCAUGCUCCAGUGCGAGCCACUGAUAGCCACAGAGAGUUGGGAAUGGACCACAGGGAAGAAGGUGCAGAGGAUGACGGGGAGCCAAAGGCCUCCCAGCCCCGGGAGAAGCCCCCAGACCCUCUGUCACUUGAGCCUCCCACAAACUGCUGCAUGAGCGGCUGUCCUAACUGUGUGUGGGUAGACUAUGCAGAAGCACUGCUCAGACACUACCAGGAUGGGGGGGAACAGGCCCUGGCCGUUCUAGAGGAACACGUGAAGGAUGAGAACCUCAAGGCCUUCCUCAGGAUGGAGAUCCGGCUCCGGCUCCGCACCCAGAGUGGAGGCUGAGCCAGUGUACGUGGGACUCCGGGCCGUGGAGGGAUGCCACCCUUUAGAAGCACAGGACCACUUUUAUCCUUGAGCCUGGAAGACUCGACAUGUCUGCCAGGAAUAGGAAGUAAUGUGUAAGAACUUCACCUCUGAAUAAAUUCUCUGUGCCAACCAAACUGUGUGGUCCCUCUGCCUGCGUUGUCAAAGGAAGCAUACCCAAGGCUGGUUGUGUGUUCCGGUGAGCAGCCACAGGUUUCUUCACCGGUGAAGAUGAACUAAAGCCCUCAGUCAAUGAACAUCCUACGACAGGAUCACCCCAGGCCCCAUUGUACCUGGGGUGUCCUGCUGACUGUCAGCUCUGGUUCCCAACUGUGCAGUAAAUGAGAACCUUCAUGUGGGAGGGGCCUAGCUGCUCCCUGUCUCCUGCUGGAUCCUGACUGAUGGGAGGGGAUUUCUUUCUACUGUGUAGUAGCCUAGGGUCAUCCCUUAAGAGUUCUGAAUCUUGCUAGACGCAGCUGGGGUAUCAAGCUCCAGAACCAACUGCAUGGCACUAGCAUGGGCUGAACUUAAAUGUGUUUGUGCCCACCUACUUUAUUAAAUGGGAAAGCUAGGCUUAUAGAGUGACUUCUGUUGGGUUUGAGCUGAUAAAUAGGACUUUUUCUGUGUUUGGUGUUUUACACAGACCUGUGACAAAAUUAAGACCAGAAAGUCAGGGCACUUGGCUAGUGGGGGACAGAACACGGUUCAGGCUGGCAUCUUGGACAGAUGACUCAUAGCCAGUGGGGGCUGGGCCCAGAUAAACGUGAUAAUGGUGACCACACCUAUGAGGUCCCAGACUUUUGUAUAGCUGUUUCCUGUAAAGCAUCUCCUCCUUAAAAGAGGUUCUAAAGAUGGUUGGUUUCUCUGUAUAGCCUUGGCUGCCCUGGAACUUCUCUAAAGCACAGAGAUCCGCCUGUCUCUGCCUCUCGAGUUAGGAUUAAAGGAGUCACCAUACCUAUUGUAAGUAGACAUCUG